AACUUUUAGACCGGCAGGCGUCGCGUCGUCGUCGCGUUUCUUCACUAUACAUUGAACUAUUCUUUUAAUCGGAAAUUAAUGUAAAUAAUUAUAACCUUGAUGAUAUUUCCAAAUUAUCGUUUUAUGAUUCCUUGAAGAAGAACGAAUAAGCUCUUGUUAGUACGUGUGUUAUUUGAACAAUACGUGUGUUGUUUAUAUUUUCAAGUCGAAAAUAUUCUAAUUUUUUUGACUCGAUAUUUAGAGCUUCACGUGCUUCAAGCUUCAAAUGAUAUCCAAUAGAUACACAACAGUAGAAGCUAACUACUUUAUGAAAAUACAAAUUAAAAAAAGCUACGAAAUCGGAAAUUGAAAUUAUGUAUUAUAUCUUUUGACUUAAAUCAAGCUGCUAACUGUGACUGUGACAUUGAAGGAGAAUUUCCAAUUAACAGUGUCACGAUGUCAACUCUUCAACUAUUACUCAUUGGCCUCGCAUGUGUCACGUAUGAUGUCAAUGCUCGUACAACAAAACCUUCCAAAGGUCAAAAGCCCAACAUUGUGAUUAUCCUGGUAGAUGACAUGGGAAUUAACGAUGUGAGCUUUCAUGGUUCGAAUCAGAUUUUAACUCCGAACAUUGACGCACUCGCUUAUAACGGUGUAAUUCUUAAUCGACUAUAUGUGCCAAGUUUGUGCACUCCGUCACGUGCCACUUUGCUAACAGGAAAAUACCCCAUCCAUACAGGCACCCAGCAUUCGGUUAUAAUUAACGAUCAACCAUGGGGAUUACCGUUGAAUGAACGCACAAUGCCAGAACUAUUUCGCGAUGCUGGUUAUUCGACGAACUUAAUUGGAAAAUGGCAUUUGGGUUUCUCGAAGAAGGCUUACACGCCCACGCUAAGAGGAUUCGAUUAUCAUGUGGGUUAUUAUUCAGGAUACAUUGAUUAUUAUGUCCACGAUAUGGCCAUGUUGAAUAAGAACUAUAGUCGAGGAUAUGAUUUUAGAAGGAAUCUCGAUAUCAACGAAGAAGGUCAAGGAAUAUAUGCGACGGAAUAUUUCACAAACGAGGCUAUUAGAGUUGUUAAAAAACACAAUAAAAAUCAACCAUUAUUCUUGCUAAUGAGUCAUUUGGCUGUGCACACAGGAAACGAAGAUAAUCCUAUGCAGGCUCCACCUGAGGAAAUAGCAAAAUUCAGUCACAUUAGCGAUCCGAAAAGAAGAAUUUAUGCAGCUAUGAUUUCAAAACUUGACGAAAGUGUUGGAAAACUAAUAGGAAGUCUUGGUGAGAGAAAAAUGCUUGACAAUACCAUUAUUCUAUUCUAUUCUGAUAAUGGAGCACCUACACAAGGAGUCCACAGUAAUGCUGGAUCAAAUUAUCCCUUCAGAGGUCAAAAACAAUCACCUUGGGAGGGUGGAAUUCGAUCAGCUGGAGCAAUUUGGAGUCCUCUAAUCAAAAAAUCCAAACUAGUUUCACAUCAACUGAUUCACUCAAUUGAUUGGCUUCCAACGCUGGCUUCAGCAGCUGGCAUUAAACUUCCAUCGAAUUUAAAAAUCGAUGGCAUAAAUCUUUGGCCAACGCUUAUCAAUAACUAUCGGCCAAAACCACGAAAUUUCAUUCAUGUCCUGGACGAUAUUGAUGGAUAUGUUUCAUAUCAGCGAUCAAACUUAAAAUACAUCAACGGUACGGAAUUCUGCCCAAAGUAUGCUACUUGGCUGGGUGAUCUUGAAGAUAAUCCUGAUCCAAGAUUAUCCCAAUACUCUGAUCUUAUUUUAGAAUCACAGGUAUCAAAAGCAUUCCGAAGUUCUAAUCUGUCAGCAAUUGAUAUUGAAGAGCUAAGAAUUGAAGCGACUUAUGAGUGUAAUACUAAAAAUCUAACAACAUUAGAAUUGAAGGCUUACAAAUGUGAACCUGCUAUUGCUCCAUGUUUGUUUGACAUUGAGAAAGAUCCAUGCGAAAUGUAUAAUAUUGCUGCUGAGCAUCCUCAUAUAAUUGCUGAGCUAGAAGCUGAUGUUGAAUAUUACCGACAAAGUGCUGUUGAAAUUGCUUGGUUACCUGGAGAUCCUUUGGCAAAUCCUGGAUUGCACAAUAACACUUGGACUUGGUGGAAAGACUCGACUAGCAGUUCAAGUGCAAUCAAUAAUUCGGCAUUUAAUUUAACAAUAUCUUUGUUAUUAGUCUUAAGAAAAUUGUGAUAAAUGUACUUAUACCUAGUUUCUAUUUGUUUCUUCAAAGUGGAUAUAAAUAAGUUUUAAAUGUAGGUUUUUUUUAUUAACU